AAGUACACAUGGAGAAAAAUAUCUAGGAGUUGGAGAGAUGGGGGAAAGGAGUCACUACUGAAGGGCCCUAUCUGGAUUCACUUCGGACUGUCCAAGUAGAAAGCUCUUCAGAGACCAGUGCCCAAUCCUGCCCUGGGGCGCACCUCCUCCUCUCGGGCUGCCUUCCUCCAGCCACAGUGCAGACCCCCUCCUGGCAUGGGAACUCCGGAGCGAGGGAACCCCAGCAAGCCGAGGCUGAAACUCUGAGAAUUUAGUUCUUGGGGGCCAUACGGACAGUACUGGGACGACAUACUUGAGGAUGCGGCCAGAGGAGACAAACGGCUCUCCAAGGUGCCAAGUAGCGGGCCUUUCUUACGCCCGACUUCCUGACUGCAGGCUCCGGGCGCUUUCCACGACCCCACACUGCCUGCGGGGACCCGGAGCUCGGAACUCGCAGAGCGGUGGGGAGCGCAGGGCUGGCUAGAAGUGGGGAAGUUUACUGGAAUAAAAUGGAGGCCUCAGUAAUAUUACCCAUUCUGAAGAAAAAACUAGCCUUCCUUUCAGGAGGAAAAGACAGACGAAGUGGCCUCAUUCUGACAAUUCCAUUAUGUCUUGAACAGACAAAUAUGGACGAACUGAGUGUCACUUUAGACUACCUACUCAGCAUUCCAAGUGAAAAAUGUAAAGCUAGAGGAUUUACUGUGAUUGUGGAUGGCAGAAAGUCACAGUGGAAUGUGGUGAAGACAGUAGUCUUAAUGUUACAGUGCUGAAGUGUCACUAGUUUGUGUAGUGAAGCCAGAUGAAUUCUGGGAUAAGAAAGUAACACAUUUUUGUUUUUGGAAAGAAAAGGAUAGACUUGGUUUUGAGGUUAUUUUAGUGUCUGCCAAUAAAUUGACUCGUUACAUAGAACCAUGUCAAUUAACAGAAGAUUUUGGUGGAAGUCUUACUUAUGAUCACAUGGACUGGUUAAAUAAGAGGCUGGUUUUUGAGAAGUUUACAAAGGAAUCAACUUCAUUAUUAGAUGAACUUGCUUUAAUUAACAAUGGAAGUGACAAAGGAAAUCAGCAAGAAAAAGAAAGGUCUGUGGAUUUAAAUUUUCUUCCAUCAGUUGAUCCUGAAACAGUUCUUCAGACAGGGCAUGAAUUGUUAUCCGAAUUGCAGCAGCGCCGGUUUAAUGGCUCAGAUGGAGGGGUCUCAUGGUCUCCUAUGGAUGAUGAGCUGCUUGCACAACCACAGGUUAUGAAAUUACUGGAUUCACUCCGAGAGCAAUAUACCCGCUACCAGGAAGUUUGUAGGCAACGGAGUAAGCGCACACAGUUAGAAGAGAUUCAACAGAAAGUGAUGCAGGUCGUGAACUGGCUUGAAGGGCCUGGAUCAGAACAACUAAGAGCCCAGUGGGGGAUUGGUGACUCCAUAAGGGCUUCCCAGGCCCUGCAGCAGAAGCACGAAGAGAUUGAAAGCCAGCACAGUGAAUGGUUUGCAGUAUAUGUGGAGCUCAAUCAGCAAAUUGCAGCACUCUUGAAUGCUGGGGAUGAGGAAGAUCUUGUGGAACUGAAGUCGCUGCAGCAACAACUUAGUGAUGUUUGUUAUCGACAGGCCAGUCAGCUGGAAUUUAGGCAAAAUCUCUUACAAGCUGCUCUUGAAUUUCAUGGCGUUGCCCAAGAUUUGUCUCAGCAGUUGGAUGGCUUAUUAGGGAUGUUGUGCGUAGAUGUGGCACCAGCUGAUGGAGCAUCGAUUCAGCAGACUUUAAAACUGCUUGAAGAGAAGCUGAAAAGUGUUGAUGUUGGAUUGCAAGGUUUGCGUGAAAAAGGUCAAGGUCUCCUGGAUCAGAUCUCCAAUCAGGCAUCCUGGGCCUAUGGAAAGGAUGUAACCAUUGAAAAUAAAGAAAAUGUGGACCACAUACAAGGAGUGAUGGAAGAUAUGCAGCUUAGGAAACAAAGAUGUGAAGACAUGGUAGAUGUACGAAGGUUAAAGAUGCUUCAGAUGGUGCAGUUGUUUAAAUGUGAAGAAGAUGCUGCCCAGGCAGUAGAAUGGCUGAGUGAACUUCUGGAUGCCCUCCUAAAGACACACAUCAGAUUGGGCGAUGAUGCUCAGGAAACGAAAGUUUUACUGGAGAAGCAUAGAAAAUUUGUUGAUGUUGCACAGAGCACUUACGACUAUGGUAGACAGCUGCUACAGGCCACAGUUGUGCUGUGUCAGUCUUUGCGCUGCACUUCUCGGUCAUCUGGGGAUACACUUCCUCGGCUGAACAGAGUAUGGAAACAAUUUACAAUAGCAUCUGAAGAGAGAGUACAUAGGUUGGAAAUGGCUGUUGCAUUUCACUCGAAUGCUGAAAAGAUUUUGCAAGAUUGUCCAGAAGAGCCUGAAGCUAUUAAUGAUGAAGAACAAUUUGAUGAAAUUGAAGCAGUUGGGAAAUCACUUUUGGAUAGAUUAACUGUUCCUGUAGUUUAUCCUGAUGGAAGCGAACAGUAUUUUGGGAGUCCAAGUGACAUGGCAUCUACUGCAGAACACAUCAGAGACAGGAUGAAACUAGUUAGUCUCAAAAGGCAGCAGCUGAGGCACCCUGAAAUGGUGACCACUGAGAGCUAAUAGCCACCAGCUUCCUGCAGAUCUGCAGCUCAUAGUCCUGCAUGUCGUCAGCAUACCACGGCUUUAGCCACAGCACAUUAAGAUGCAUUUCACAGCCAGGAUAAGCCUCAUUUCUUCCCAUGACACAUUUCUUUCUACAUGCUAACACCAUGCAACUACCAAGGCAUAAUUAUUAACAUGCUUUGAGACCAUAUACUCCAAGUAUCUUAAAAGAAGAAGCGUAAAACAUUGCACUGAAAACUUGCUUUAAAGCUUUAUCUGACCUGUCAAUUUGUAGAUGAACAACUGAUAAUAAGCUUUGAAUGGUGCUAAUAAGAGUUUAGGAAUUUCGUCUAUAAAAAAAUGGUUGCCCUUCCUCCCCAGGUGAUGUAGUAAAUUUAGACUGUAGUUAAACUGUUAUUAGUAGACAAGGAUGUCCUCAAAAAUUUACUUUAUAAUUAUUCUUCAAAGUUGAUUAUUUUUAUUGUGUCAAUACGGAGAAAACCCUUCAGAUCUUUGAAAUAUCAUAUUCAUUAAAGACAUUUUCCUAUUUGUAUUGAUAAUGUAUUGAAAGUUGUUUGUGCUUAAUAAAAGGCUUCUUUAAACAACGUA